AGCUGAUCGUCCGCAGGGAGCCAUGACAGUUUUUUCCAGAGGUCUCUGGAGUGACCUAAAGCUAUGUCUUCAGUUAGGCUUACACCAUAUAUAUCAUAUUUGGAAAUGUUUUGGGCCGUUGAUGUUAAAGAGAUCGACGGUCAGGAAUACGGGUGCAGAUUAAUACCGCUGUGAACUACCACACUGGAUAUUUACUCGGCAUAAGCUCCAAGAACCAAAACGAAACUGUUUUAGCUCUGGACUUAAGUCUUGCUGUAGCUCUCUAUUGGAUCGUAGUAUAUUUGAAGAGACUCUGGGAAGGACGAAUACUGUUUAGGGCAGUUCUAUGGGUGAUAGGAAGAAUUCUGGAUGAUAAUAGCAGAGAUACAUUGAUUUGUAACAUAUAAAUUGUUGAUCGACGUAUUUGUAGACCGACGAAGCGGAAAAAGAUGACUCUAGCGAGUGUGAAAAUGUCGGAGGAAGUGUGGUGGACGUGUCUGACCCAUGCAUUGUCCACCGAGUCUGAGGAGAUCAUGGGGCUUCUCCUAGGUGAUAUUCAGCAUUCGGAGAAUGACAAUGUGACUGCAUUGAUAUGGGGAGCACUCCCACAACCGCGUUGUGAUCGGAAGAAAGAUAGAGUAGAAACUAACCCGGAGCAACUGACUGCUGCAGCAAUUCAUGCGGAGAGAAUGACGAUUGUUACUGGAACUACAACCAGAGUGAUUGGAUGGUAUCACUCACAUCUUCAUACUACUGUCCUCCCUUCUCAUGUUGAUGUGGGGACUCAAGCACUGUAUCAGCUGUUGGAGUCUGGAUUUAUUGGGUUGAUAUUUUCUUGUUUCAAUGAAGAUGCACAUAAGGUUGGACGAAUUCAGGUCAUGGCAUUUCAGUCUUUGGAUGGGAAGCAAAAUGUUGCAUUGCAGCCUGUUUCUAUUGCCUCUGUACAAGAAGAUUCUCUUAUUGAUAGUGGCAUGUCCAUGAGUUCCUUGGAUAACACUACUGCCAUUCUAGCCUGUUCCGGAGGAGAGAGUAUUGAACUAGGCCCUGGAGAUUCACAGGCUGCUAUAGCUUCAAAGGGCAACGGAAGAUCGAUGUAUUUGGGAAGUUCUUUUGUGAAUGCUGAUGCUAAGACAGGAAAUAAGGACGAUUAUGAUAGUUCGAAUAAUGCAAUUUAUGAUUUGGAUCCCAUGGACAUGGCAGAGGAUAUGGAAGAAGCUAUGCGUCUGUCAAACUUGGAGCGGAGUGGAGCAGAAUAUGUGGGAAAGGAAAUCCCUCUUCUUGUUCUUCCCGCACCAUCCCUUCUCAAUCUCAAUGAUACUUUGUCAUCAUUUUCAAAUUUGCAAAAUGUAAUAUAUGAAGAGGAGAAGACAACAUAUUACCAAGUAAUGGAACAGAUUAUUAGGGAUAAAAAGGUUCAUCCUCUUUCAUUCAUUCAUCAUGCAUCAACAUACAAGGCUUCUAUGUGCAAAAUGAUCGAAUAUUGCUUGGGUCCUGCUAUCAAAGUUCUUCAAGAUCGCUUGAGAGAAAAUGAACUUCUGAUCAAACUUCUUGGUGAAGAAGCCAUUGUUUUGAAAUCAGAACUUGAAAGCGGCAAAGGCAGCCCGUGACGCACCUCCCCAUACUCUCCACCUCAAGGCUUUUGAAUUGGCGACUCCUUAAUCUCUUCCUACAAAUGAUAGUAAGAAGCUCAUCUCACUUACCCUCUCACUUUUGCAUUUCUUCACUUCUGAAUACUGAUGCUUGCUUCUAUUUUGAUAAUCCUUCCAUUUAUUGAGUUUGGUUUAACAGUGUUGCAAUGAAAAAUUUUGAAUUUCAUCACACUUAUAGUAAUGAGCCUUAGUAUAUUUGAACCAUAAAAUUUUUGUUCAGUGAUGAUUUUUGUAGGAGCCUUAGGUAUUAUUGAGUUAGUGGUAUUUCUGUUUGAGUGAUUGUUCAGCUAUUCACUACAAUUAUUUAGAGGCGGGAUGAACUUACAACACAGCACAAAAUUCGAAUACACAGUAGAUGAAGUAAUUAAUAGAAAUAAAAAUGUAUAAAAGAACCUUAGUAUAUCAUCUUUCAGUAGGGGGAAGGAAUC